AUGGCUCGUCCGGCUAGCGGUGUGGUGGCGGUGACGGCGCUGCUGCUUGCUCUGCAGCUCCUCCUUCAGCCGCCGCCAGCCUCGUCGCAGGCGGCAGCAGGGGUGAGGGCAAUCGCCCGCUCGCCUUUCAUCAAAAAGAUCGGUAAAAUUAUCAUCAAGCAGGUAGCGACCACCGGUGGUACCGCCUUGAUCAAGAAGGCGCUCCACAGCUCCAACAGCGGCGGUGACGGCGACCAGCUCGGCGGCGCCGCUGCCGACAACGCCGGCAUCAUCCUCUACAACGUCUCCGUCGGGCAACAGACCUUCUCCGGCGUGGUCGACAACUCUAACGACUUCCUCUGGGUGCAGUGCCCGUCUGCUCCGGCGCCAGCUUUCUCGGAGUCGAAUGUCCCCUGCGCCAGCCCGACGUGCCUGACCGCGCUCAGCAAAACGGCCGACGCCUGCGCCGACGAGGCCGGCCCCUGCGAGUACGUCUACGUGUACGGGUCAGAGGACGAGGGGACCAACAGCACCGGCUACCUCGCCGACGAGACGAUCACCGUGGGCACUGGGACCGGGGCGCCACCCAUCUCCGGGAGCGUGGUGUUCGGCUGUAGCACCGAGACAACGGUGAACCUCGACGGCGCCAUCGGGUUCAGCAAGGGCAACCUCUCCAUCCUGUCACAGCUCCACAUCUCCAGGUUCUCCUAUUUCCUAACACCCGAUGACUCCAACAGCUCCAGUUCCACCAGCGUGGUCCUGCUGGGCGACCAAGCGGUGCCACAGACGAAACAUAGCCGCUCCACGCCAUUACUGCAGAGUAACGCGUUCCCUGACAUGUACUACGUUAAACUCACCGGAAUACAGGUCGACGGCGAGUCACUAACAGGCAUCCCAGCCGGAGCGUUCGACCUCGCGGCGGACGGCAACUCCGGCGGGGUGGCCCUGAGCACCAGCAUCGCCGUCACAUGGCUCCAGGAGGACGCCUACAAUGCCGUGAGGCAGUCUCUAGUGAGCAAGAUUAAGUCGGAGCCGGCGGACAGCUCGGGGACGGACGACGAGGUGUUCGACCUAUGCUACAACAUCAAGUCCGUGGCCGAGCUGACAUUUCCAAAGAUAACUCUGGUAUUUGACGGUGUGGACUCGCCGGUGAUGGAGCUCACAACGGUGCACUACUUCUACAAGGACACCGCCACCGGGCUGCAGUGCCUCACCAUGCUGCCAAUGCCCGCGGAUGAGCCAAUCGGCACCAUCCUAGGGAGCAUGCUGCAGGCGGGCACCAACAUGAUCUACGAUGUUGGUGGCGGGAAGUUGAUGUUCGAGAAGGGCGCGGCGUCUUCGGUGCCCUCGAAGGUGUCUCUCAUGUGGAUAGCCUCUCUGUUCCUCGCGUGGGUGUUCCUCUUCUAGAUCAUCCCUUGCUCGCUGAUCGUAUGUCACAGCCAAGUGUUCAGUCCUUAACGCCCCUAGUACAUACCCCGUCA